GUAAAAUCAUUUUUCCGUACAGCAGGCAGUAGAUAUUGUUCGAAUUGAAUCGAGUGUAACAUUUUGAACCCUUUACUUGAUCCCAACCACCUAAUAUAUCCUCUAAAAUAGUAUCGAACGUGAAUUUUCCCCAGUGAGGAACGAGAGCUGCCGGGAGAAUCGCUGGUGUAGGAGAAACGAGCCGAUAAACAAUAAUAAAAAAGCUCAGGGAAUGCCUGGUGAUUUGGUUAAAGCCGGUCUUAUUACCGAUGCGAUUCGCCCGAUUUCCUCGGCGACGUCGUGCUGAUCGAAUGAUGAAAUGACCAAAUAAGAUCCGAUGCGUCGGGCGAUUCCUCGUCGUUAGAUCGAAAGAGGGUUGAAAAAGCGGAAGACUCGGAAAAAGCUUUGAGGAACUUGAACGAAAUUGCGAUUUAAACGCGAUGAUCGUGCAGUGAGUGAUCGACCGAUUUGACAACUGACCUGUGCGACGUAAAUAAAAAUUGUGAUUAAGUGGAGAGAUGAUAAGAGAGUCAAGUGAAGUGAUCCAGUGCUUGAUUCCUGACGUUGAAAACCAGGGAAGGAAAAAAGCGUCACAAGGAACGAUGGGGAGAAGAGACGCCGAUCGCGUCGGGACGCCGCUUUUUGUCGCCGUCUCGACGAUCGUCCUCUUCGUUGCACUUCGGCCCUGCCACGCGACGAUCACCAAUCAGGAAAUAGUUGCGAUGAGCGAAGCCCAGGCCGUAGCUGGAGGAGUUGCCCAACUGCCGUGUGACGUCGAGCCUCCGAUCAGCGGUGACAAACUCUAUCUGGUCAUCUGGUACAAAGAGGAAUCCAACAAUCCGAUUUACAGCUUUGACUGUCGACGUCACGGCAACGCGCAAGACGCCACGCACUGGUCUGAUUCCAGUAUCGGAAACAGAGCCUUCUUCAAGCAGUCCGACAAGCCCGCUAAACUGAACCUUGAAUCCGUCACCGAGAAGGAUAAUGGCCUCUACAGAUGCAGGGUUGACUUCAAGCAGUCACCUACCAGAAACAGUAAAGUCAACCUGACCGUCAUCGUUCCCCCCGAAAGGCUGAGCAUACUGGACGAAGACGGGACCGCACACAUCCAGAAUUACAUCCUUGGUCCCUACAGCGAGGGUGCUUCUGUCAACAUUACAUGCGUCGCGACGGGGGGUCGACCCCAACCCCGAGUAACUUGGUGGGACGAGAGCGUUCUGCUGGACGAGAGUUUCGAAGCUGUGGGAAAUCGGAGUGUCCGGAAUGUGCUGCGAUUGGAGAAGUUGGAACGGAAACACCUUUCCACAACGCUCACUUGUCAGGCGUCCAACAAUAACAUGGUCACACCUAUCGUCGGGACUGUAACUUUGAACAUGAAUCUUAAACCACUGUGGGUGCGACUUAGGGGUGAAAACCAACCGCUCAGUGCCGGGAGCACUCACGAAAUUGCAUGCGAAGUCGUCGGCGCUAGACCGACACCCGACGUCAUAUGGUCGAAGGGAAAUAUACCGCUGAAGAACACCAGGCUGACGGUCAGCCCGGAUGGCAACACGACGACGAGCACCCUGACUUUCGUCCCGAGCAUAGAGGACGCUGGGAAGUUCUUGUCCUGCAGAGCGAGCGUCCCCUCAAUUCCACACUCGACGAUAGAAGAUGGCUGGAAACUCGACAUAUACCAUUCACCCGUGGUAACCCUUGAGCUUGGUAGCAACCUGAACGGAAGUCCGAUCCGCGAGGGUAUCGACGUAUACUUCGAGUGUAACAUCAAGUCGAAUCCAUGGGUCUACAAGGUCUCAUGGCGACACAACGGUAAUCCGUUGUACCACAACGCGGCUGCGGGUACAAUCGUUAGUAACCAGAGCCUGGUCCUGCAAAGUGUGACGCGGAGCCGAUCUGGGAUAUACACGUGCGUCGGGAGCAACCGGGAGGGUGACGGGGAGAGCAACGCCCUUAAUCUGGACAUAAAGUUCGCUCCGGUGUGCAGACCAGGUCAGACCAAGGUCUAUGGAGUCGCACGUCAGGAGACCGUCAGGAUACGAUGCGAGCUCGAGGCUAACCCUACCAACGUCUCCUUCACCUGGAGGUUCAACAGCAGCGCCGAAGCCGUCGACAUCGCGCAGGCCCACGUCACCUCGGAUCGGGCCCAAUCUGUUGUUUCCUACACCCCGAUGACAGAGUCCGAUUACGGAAGCCUCGUUUGCUUGGGUGUCAACGAUCAGGGGGCCCAGCUGGAGCCCUGCGUAUACACCAUCGUUCCUGCCGGUCAUCCGGACAAUCCGCACAACUGUUCAGUCCUCAAUCAGACCACCGACUCCCUUCACGUCGAAUGUACCGAGGGAUUUGACGGCGGUCUUCCCCAGGAGUUCACCCUCGAAGUAGACAUCGAGACCAGCAACGAACUGGCCAAGGCUGGAUCCCUCGUCUACAACUCGACGAGCAAGGUGCCGACGUUCUCCGUCACUGGUCUCGACCCCGGAACCACCUACCACAUCAUCGUAUUCGCGAGCAACUCGAAGGGACGCAGUGAGCCCGUCCGUUUAAGGACGACGACCCUGAACCUCCCCGAACGUCGAACCGCAGGUGAACGACUGACACGUCCGCCAUCCCCGGAGAACUGCACGAUCCGGGAAGAGAGUCGAACGAUGGUGAGGGUGAGCUGCGCCGAGAGCGAGUACUUCGACCCGAACACGGCGACGUACGUCCUCCAGGUCUUCGACGCCGGUUCUCGGCGGCUCCUGGCAUCGGCGACGAGUCUGACGCCCAGCAUCCUCGAGGUGACGGACCUCCCGGCGGAGCGAAGUCAACUGGGACUCGUCCUCUCCCUCAGGAUCAUGACGGCACACGCGACGAGCGACGCCACCGUUCUCCACAGCCAGCACUUCGUCCAGGAGGGCGAGACCCUGGAGCACCAGCGAUACCCAGCUCUGACACCCGUGAUGCUGUCUCUGUCGGGUCCGUUGCUGGGUGCCGUCGUGGGCGCAGCUGCCGGGCUGCUUCUGGUCAUCUUCGUGAUAGUCCUUGCUGUCCGUCUGCGGUACCGCCCCCGCCCCCAGGACGACAAGGACUCGCACGACGACGGAGGGAUGGCUAACCUGGCCGCCCCCAACGAGAAGACGGCGAGCCUCCCGGCCAACACGGACAGCAUAGAAAGCUUCGAAAAGAACCCCGACAUCAUACCCCAUGGAAAUGAAAACUCUUACGCUGAGCUCUGCAAGGGUGCGUCGCCCCGUUUUAUCCUGCCGCAGUCUCGUCAGCUUCAGGAUCAAUCGUCCUUCGGGCCGAAUGGGAACAACGUAAGUUGUUACCGAGAUAUUACCGGCGCAUCCCCAGCUCGGGGGCAGCAGAAAGAUGUUAAAAAAUGCUUAACGAACGCUUCGACGCCCUUGAUACCGCAGAGUAUCGAGCUCACCUACGCCGAGUUGUCGCUGCAGAGGGGCGGCAGACGCGUUCCCCCAAAUUGCUACCAGCCGGUUCCUGUCGCGGGUGUUCAGCGUCCUCAGCUUCUGCCUAUGUCCACAUUGACGCGUCGCCAGCAGCCCCAGGAUCCAACGAUUUACGCCCAGGUUGCGACCGGAAAGUCUGUUUACAUUCCGCCACCUCACCCCUAUCUGACCAGGGGCGUCGACGAGACCACGGCGGAAACGCCUCUUAUCGGCCGUGAGAACAAGAUAACAACGAUCACAGAAUCAGCGAAUUCGUUAUGGCGUUCGGCCACCCCGCCAACUUCAAUGGCGCCGGCCACGUGACUCUAUAAGACGGAGCUGUAAAUUAAUAGAUCGAAAAUCGGGUCUGUAGCGAGGCAAUCAUCAUAGUCAUGUCGCUGUGGAUGUGGAUGUGGAUGUGGAUGCGGAUGUGGCAAUGAUUAUAAUACGUAUUUUAUGACAGCCAGAAAUCUGUCCGAAUGUAAUG